UGUGAACCAAUCAAAUUAUAAUAUGUCAAUCAUAAUAUUUCGAAAAUUUUAAAAUGAAUUUGAACAAAGUUGUACUACAACCACCCCGUGAGGUUUCUCCCUUAAUAAGAGGUGCUAGGUGGAGCUUUUUAUUGUUAGGCGUUGUAUAUGGCAUAUACAGAAAUAGGUCUUUGACUAAAAAAGAAAUUAUAGUUCGAGAAAUGCAAUUAAAACAAAAAGUAAUCAAAGAUGAACAAGACAAAAAACUAAAAGAAUAUUUAAAUAUAGAGGAAUUGAAGUAUUUAUCAAAAGAACUUGGAACUACUUUCUCUUAGAAAAUAUUUAUAUAACCAAUUUCUGAUUUUACAUUAUGAUUUAGUCGUAAUUUUUACUAUUUUAUUACGCUGUGAAUCAAAGUUUAUAAUAUAAUUUUGCAAAUAUUGAAUAAAUUAUUUUAUGCUUA